UUAGAUCAUAACAAAAUGAGAAUAAUGUUAUAUUUUAUACCAGAAUCCGGUAUUAUAUGUGAGCAGAAGACACACACCAUAAGUUGCCGUAAUGGAUUUCUGAUCUACAUGACCGAUGCCAACUUUGGAAGAACGUCUAAAGAAACAUGUCGGCAUCCAUACGACAUUGAGCGUCUACACAACAACACGGACUGCCGAGCCCCAACAUCGCUCAAAGUCAUGAAGACGCUUUGUCAUGGCCGUCAGAGCUGUACCAUUACAGUGGAGAAUGAGAUGUUUGGGGCAGAUCCGUGUUAUGGCAUCUACAAAUACCUAGAGUUCGAUUUCAAAUGUGUCUCUCAAGAUGAGAUUAGUCUCAGCAACAGGAACACACCUGGUGUCUGCAUCAUAGGCUGUCUCCUGCUGGUGUACAAAUUACUGAAGAAUCCUUAAACACACACACACACACACACACACACACACACACACACAGAGAGAGAGAGAGAGAGAGAGAGAGAGAGAGAGAGAGAGAGAGAGAGAGAGAGAGAGAGAGAGAGAGAGAGAGAGAGAGAGAGAAUCUAUGAGAAAAUUUUUGACUAACAACCAUGUGGAUGGUAUUAAGGACUAAAACAAUAUAAAAGCAUAUCAUUUGUAUAGUUAACACUCUUCAAUAAACAAUUUAAAUAUAACUAUAACAUGUAUAAAAUGAUUGUAUAUUUUAGAGCAAUAUUUAAACCUACAAGGUUUGUUUUAAUUUUUGUUUUACAUGCAAAAGAGACACUUUGUGCAAAUUAAUUUCCAUUGAUCUUCAGAAGAUAUUAGCAAAAGUUCUAAAGAUCUCUCGUCUGAAAAUAAUAUACGAUAAUGAUAAGCAUUUGCAUUUGAAAAGGCAAAACAAAUAAUGUUAUACAGUCAUGUAUAUUUACGUCUCUCAGUGUGAAUAUUUGUUUUAAUAUAUAUUUGUGAACCCCUAAAGAUUAUCUUACAAAGCAAAUUAUUUAUUUACAUUUCAAAAAGAUUAAUGAUCAAAUGUUUACUCUUAUAUACAAGAGACUUUAUAAUAAGAGUUCUACAAACAUUGAUAAAGUGUUUUUUUUUUUAUAGAUAUGCAAUGAUGGGUCUGUUAAGUGCAAAAGUUAAUUUCUCUUCAAGUAUGUAGUUGUGUGUUUAUACACGUAAUUGUACAAAAAAAAUCAAGUAAAAAGUUUAUGGACUGUGUA